AUGCAUCAGACGGAAUACAUUAUUCCGUGGGUUCGGAUGCGGGCGGCGGAGCAGCACAUUCGGAAGGCGUCCAAGCAAUAUCCCGUGUUAGAACCGUUCGCCCCAAGGCAUUCGAUCACAUAUUAUAACAAUCGCAAAGAGGACAGCGCGAAAUCGGCAUACGAACGUUUACACAGCAUAGAAGGUUUCGAUCCUGGUAAACCACGAUGCGAUCGUACUAAGCCAAACCUCUAUUGGUUGGAAAUCUCUAAAGAGAAUAAAGGUCACAAGCUACCGUUGACUACUAAUCUCUGGUACGGUCGACCGAACAGAGUUCAAGUUGAUUUUCUUCAGAAGAAAUUCAAUCGAUCGAGCAAAAUGGCGGAGUUCUAUACUCGCUCUCGUCUUAAUUUAAUCAGCGACGAGAACGAACGGCAAAUCUGUCUGUAA